AACAAACAAAACCCGAGAGAGAUAGAGCGCUCUGCUCUCCGGCUCGCCUGGGCCGCCAUCUUGUGACCUCGCUGCCCGGCCGUCUCCGCCUCCCCUUCACCCCCCCCGCCCGGUGCUACGAAAAGAGGGAGCGGGAGGAAGGCGGCUGUUGCAGCGAGCGGCCCGGGCCUUGAGACCAGAGGGGGACGGGCUGGGACGUGCCCGGCGUGCCAAAGAGCCUGACCGCGGCGCCGGUAAUGGCUGAUUCUAGUAAGACCCUAAUAUGAGAAGCCGUAAUAUCUGAUGAGGUGCAAACUUCAAAUGUAUCAUCUUUGACCUUGAAUUAUGAUCCACUCACCAUAUAUGGAAAACGUGCUAGUAAUAUCAGGGUAGAAAUUAAUAGUAAUUUCUUAAUCUCAUCUUAAACCAAAACUAUGUUUCAACCAAAACGAAAAAGAGCAACACGUGAUGAAUGAAGGUUGUGGUUUCCAAGUAACUGAUCUGUGAAGUAAACCUCAUGAAUUUCAACCACAGAGAUCCAGAGAGCGUCACUGAUGUUUGUCAUAAUGAAGACCUCCCUGAAAUAGAGCUGGUGAGCAUGCUAGAAGAACAACUGCCUCAAUACAAGUUACGUGUCGAUUCCUUAUAUUUGUCUGAAAAUGACGAUUGGAUCCAGUCCCCAGGUUACCACAGCCAUGUCUCUGAAAACCCUUCUCCGGACCACGCUGAGAAUACCUUCCAUUACAUGACUCUUCCCCCUUCCUCCUUGGUUGGACCACACAAACACGCACAAGUUCUUGGCACUGACAAACGAGAGCAAGUAACAAAAAACUGCAAUGAUACUGAAAUAGUGACACAUCUGUUGGCUGAGAGGGAUCGGGACCUAGAAUUAGCAGCACGAAUUGGACAGGCCUUACUUAAACGGAACCACAUCCUAACAGAGCAAAAUGAAGCUCUCGAAGAACAACUGGCCCAAGCUUUUGACAAGGUUCACCAGCUGCAGCACGAGUUGACAAAAAAAGAUGAGUUGCUUCGAGUGGUGUCUAUUGCAUCUGAAGAAAGUGAGACGGACUCAAGCUGUUCCACACCACUUCGCUUCAAUGAGUCCUUCAGCCUGUCACAGGGAAUCCUGCAGUUGGAGAUAUUGCAGGAUAAACUCAGGGAACUGGAAGAGGAGAACCUUUCUCUUCGUACGAAGGCAUGCCAUUUGAAGACAGAAACCAUGACGUACGAAGAGAAAGAGCAACAACUGGUCAGUGACUGUGUCAAAGAGAUCAGUGAGUAUCCAGGGGAGACUAGUGCUCAGAUCGCGAAUAUGAGUGAAGAAUUGACAAGAAAGAAUGAGGAGCUUCUCCAUUACCAGGAAGAGAUUUCCUCCCUCUUGUCUCAGAUUGUUGAUCUUCAGCAUAAAAUGAAAGAGCAUGUAAUUGAAAAGGAAGAAUUGAAACUGCACCUGCAAGCUUCGAAAGAUGCCCAGAGACAGCUGACAGCAGAGCUGCACGAUUUACAGGAGCGGAAUGCAGAGUGCCUGGGCAUGUUGCACGAGUCACAAGAAGAAGUGAAAGGACUGCGCAGCAAAGUCUGCCGGGCCAGCCUUCUCUGCCGCCCCCAGUCCUGUGGAGCAUUUCCUGUGGAAUCCUUGCUGGCAGAGAUUGAAGGGACCAUGCGGAAAGAACAAAGUCUGGAUGCAGAAUCUGCUUUGAAACAAAAGGAUCAGCAAAAGCAUGUAUUUGAUACCGUCAAAAUUGCUAAUAUUGUACGUAGCCGUUCUGCAUUGUGUCCUGUCCCAUUGCCCAUUCCAGGGUCAAAUCAAUCAAGUGUUGUUAUGACAGCAAAACCUUUUCAUUCUGGCUUGCAAGGUGUGGAAGGAAAGGAAGAUCAGUCUCAGACAGCCAGAGAGUCUCAAAAGCUGAGCCAUCCUGGUGUUCCUGGAGAAGAUGAUUUAGCCACUGCUCAGAACAGGCUUCGUCUCCGUCAUCAGAACUACCUGAGUGAAAAGCAGUUCUAUGAAGAGGAGUGGGAGCCCAAGGUGCGUUUGCUGGCAGAGCAGAAGGAAGAAUCCAGUGGUUAUAGCACUCCGAUCGAGAGCAGCCUUUCCCUGGGAAGCAGCUCAGAACUUUCUGACUUUUCUGGAACUUCUAGCCUCUUGCGCUCCCACUUCCCAGAGAAACUGCAGAUAGUCAAACCCCUUGAAGGCUCUUUGACCCUGUCCCACUGGCAGCAGUUGGCAAAGCCUAACCUUGGUACCAUUCUGGACCCACGCCCUGGAGUGGUCACAAAAGGUUUCACCGAUCUCUCUCAAGAGGACGACUAUCACCUUUCUGAUUUGGAAGAAGAUGACAACGAAAGGGAAGAUGGCAUAACUUUCCAAGUCCAGCAGCCACCUUCAGAGGGAGGGAAACUUUCUGAGCCAAAAUCAAUGCCAGGAAUUUUCCUACCACCUGCUAAAUUGCUAACCAUUCCCCUCACAGUUUCCAAUCCUGGAAAAUGCCUCUCGUCAACAAACUCUACAUUUACUUUUACCACUUGUAGGAUCCUCCACCCAUCUGAUAUCACACAGGUUACACCCAGCACUCCCUUGUGCAGCAGUACAAGCAACACCGCUACAAGCUCUCCGGCCAUGUCAUACAGGCUUAGCAUUGGAGAAUUUCUCAGUAACAGAAGAGAGUCAACUACCACCUUCAGCAGCACCAGAAGCUUAGCUAAGCUUCUGGAAGAAAAGGGCAUCUCGGCAAAAGUGUACAACAGUCCAGUCUUGGAGCAAAUGUCACUCUUUCAGCCCCUCAAGAUAUGUACUGUCCCUUCAACACCACCAAAUUCUCCUUUGCUUUCACCUUGUCCUUCCCCUUUGCCUUUUGAGUCUCGAACAAGCAUGUCUGAAAACUUCCUGGCCUCCCGACCAGCUGAAACUUUACUUCAGGAGAUGUACAGACAGAAGUCCUCUAGUGCAGAUGCCCAGCAGCUGAAGAUGAAUCUGGUGGAGAGGCUAAAGAAACUGGGUAUUGCCAGAGUUGUUAAGAGGGGGGAAUCUGGGAGGGGUCAAGGGACAAAAGGUGGCCUCCAGAGGCAGGAUUCCCUUGGGUAUGUAAACGUAGGCAGCAAUCUGCUGGGAGGACUGAGGAGAAACCACAGCCUUCCAGUCUUAACUGGAGCACUUGGAGGUCCAAUGAGCACAUCAAAGAUGGGAGUUCUGAAGGAGGACUGAGCAGUGCAGUAGGAUUGACAAGAUCUGGAAGAACAAUGGAGAAUGUUCGUGGAGUAGGAUGUACAGUACGGUUAACAGAACGUUCAUCAAAAGAGGGUUGUUGAAGGUUGUCUAAGUGGUUGGGGGAGUCUGCAUGAAAAGAAGGCAUAGCUUUUAAGAGAGCAAAGAAAAGGAGUAGGGGGAGGAAACCAAAGUUCAACCUUAAGACCACUGAAAAUGAUUAAUCUUCUACCGAGCCGUAGGAAGCAACACAAAUAUGUAAUAUUUUCUGCCUCUGACAUUAUAUGUACAGAACAGUAAGUACUAAUGUACAUUCUAUUGCUUGAGAGUGUUUUAUCAGAUGCUGUUUGAAAAAUGCAUUCUGAGGGGAGUAGUGAAAAUACUGAUCCAGAACAAUGAGUGCAGUCUGUCCUUAGAAGACAGCUCAUUGUGUUUUAUAGAAUUAAUGUAACUUUAAAUAUGCUUGCUCACCAAAAAAAAAAAAAAAAAA